AAACUAAUCGUCAUCGGGGUGCGACGCGGAUGCUGUGUGGAGGGCUAAAAUGUCUCCGCAGUUAUUUACGCUCCCGGAGGCAAAGAGUAAAUUAACGAAAUCCACCAGAGAAGCUCUGAUUUCCAGAAAUGUUAAAACAUUGUUGAAUGUAUUUACCUCACUUCCGGGAUGUGACAAUGAGAAAAAGUUGACCCUCGACCAAGUUUUAAGAGGAGUUCUGGAAGAAGAGAUUACCAACCAAGCAUCCUCUGACAACUGCCUUGAAAUUAUUUCCCUUGCAAUUAAUGGAGUUACGGAAGGUAUCUGCACGGCAACAACACCAUUUUUACUGCUGGGGGACGUCCUUGAUUGCCUUCCACUGGACCACUGUGAUCAUAUCUUUACGUUUGUAGAAAAAAAUGUUGGUACCUGGAAAUCUCAAACAUUCUAUUCUGCUGGAAAAAAUUACCUGUUAAGAAUGUGUAACGAUCUUCUAAGAAGACUCUCAAAAUCACAAAACACUGUUUUCUGUGGAAGAAUUCAGCUGUUCCUUGCUCGAUUAUUCCCCCUCCACGAAAAGUCUGGGUUGAAUUUGCAGAGUCAGUUUAAUCUGGAAAAUGUUACAGUUUAUAAUGUCAACGAGCAGGAGAGCACUCUGGGGCAGAAGCAAGUGGAGGAUAGAGAUGAUGGAAUGGAGAUUGAAGAGGGUGAAAUGGGAGAUGACGACACGCCUUCUAGUUCUACAAUUCCCAUAGAUUACAAUCUGUAUAGAAAAUUCUGGUCUCUCCAAGACUUUUUUAGGAACCCUGUGCAGUGCUAUGACAAGAGCUCCUGGAAAACAUUUCUUAAGUAUUCAGAAGAAGUUCUGACUGUGUUUAAAAGCUACAAGCUGGAUGAUACACAAGCCUCAAGGAAAAAAAUUGAAGAAUUAAAAACAGGCGGAGAACAUGUGUACUUUGCCAAAUUUUUGACUAGUGAGAAGUUAAUGGAUCUGCAGCUGAGUGACAGUAACUUUCGUCGCCAUAUAUUGCUACAAUAUCUUAUACUGUUCCAGUACCUGAAAGGCCAAGUUAAAUUUAAAAGCUCUAAUUAUAUUCUGUUAGAUGAGCAGUCCCUGUGGAUUGAAGAUACCACCAAACUUGUCCAUCAGUUGCUGUCUGAGACGCCGUCAGCUGGAGACAAGUUUUCAAAAAUGGUGGAGCACAUACUUAAUACAGAAGAGAACUGGAAUUCAUGGAAAAAUGAAGGCUGUCCCAGUUUUGUAAAGGAUAGACCGUUUGAUUCUAAGCAAGCUAAAGUGGCCAGAAAAAGACCAGCGCCAGAAGAAUUUCUAGGAAAAGGUCUAAACAAAAAAAAUUUAAUGGGAAAUGAAGAGCUAACAAGGCUGUGGAACCUUUGCCCUGAUAACAUGGAAGCUUGCAAGGCAGAGAGCAGGGAAUUUAUGCCUACAUUGGAGCAGUUCUUUGAAGAGGCAAUUGAACAAGCCGAUCCUGAAAAUAUGGUUGAAAAUGAAUAUAAAGCGGUGAACAAUUCUAAUUAUGGUUGGAGAGCAUUACGAUUGUUAGCACGUAGAAGUCCUCACUUCUUCCAGCCAACCAAUCAGCAGUUUAAAAGUUUACCAGAAUACCUUGAGAAUAUGGUGAUCAAAUUGGCCAAGGAGUUACCUCCACCAUCAGAAGAAAUCAAAACAGGAGAAGAUGAUGAAGAUAAUGAAUCAUUGUUAAAGGAGACUAAUGAAAGUCCGGAUGUACGACAGCAGAAGUUAAUCCUCACCGGAGAGCAAAUAGAAAUAUUGGCAAACAAGCUGGGAGAGCAAUGGAAGACUCUAGCCCCUUUCCUAGAAAUGAAGGAUGUGGACAUUAAAGAGAUUGAAUCAGAUAGUGAGGAUGUGAAAAUGAGAGCCAAGCUUCUUCUUGUUGCAUGGCACGAUCGAGAGGGAGUUCAAGCAACCCCUGAAAAUUUGCUUAAUGCCUUAAAUAAUUCUCAGUUGAAUGAGCUGGCUGAAUACCUGACUAAUGAGACUGAAAAUAGCACAUAGAUUGUGCUUCCGUGUAUAUUUGUUACUGUGUAAUAGAGGUUUAGCUAAUGCCUUCACUUCCAAUGCUGAGAGUUACACAUUGCAGUGCAAUGCAGUUUUAUUUCAUCUAGCAGUGAAGUUAUUGGGUGGAGGAUCAUUGUUUUUUAUAUGAACUUGUCUGUUAUGGAUAGCGAUAAACCGUUAAUAAAGUAUCUGCUCACGUCCA